AGAAACAAAAUGGCGGCCACUAAGAUGGCUGGAAAGACCCCUGGCACUGGGGGUAUAGUUAGAGUAGGUUACUAUGAAAUGGAACGGACAAUCGGAAAAGGGAAUUUUGCAGUUGUCAAAUUGGCAACUCAUAUUGCUACAAAAACCAAGGUGGCAAUCAAGAUCAUUGACAAGACACAACUUGAUGAAGACAACCUAAAUAAAAUAUACAGAGAAAUUGAGAUAAUGAAACUCUUGAAACAUCCAAACAUCAUCCGCCUUUAUCAGGUAAUGCAGACAGAACGCAUGUUAUAUCUCGUCACAGAAUAUGCCAGUGGAGGGGAAAUAUUCGAUCACCUAGUCGCACAUGGUCGAAUGAACGAGAAGGAGGCGAGACGGAAGUUUAAACAGAUAGUGGCAGCAGUAUCAUAUUGCCAUAGUCGCUGUGUCGUACAUCGAGAUCUGAAGGCUGAAAAUCUUCUUCUUGAUGCCAAUCUUAAUAUCAAAAUAGCAGACUUUGGGUUCAGUAAUUACUUUAAGCCAGGGUCUUGUUUGAAAACCUGGUGUGGAAGUCCUCCAUAUGCGGCACCUGAACUUUUUGAAGGGAAGGAAUAUGAUGCUCCAAAAGUUGAUAUAUGGAGUCUGGGUGUGGUGCUAUAUGUGUUAGUGUGCGGGGCUUUGCCAUUUGAUGGAAACACGUUACAAAGCCUGCGUGGACGGGUGCUAAGAGGAAAAUUUGGAGUCCCAUUUUACAUGACUACAGAAUGUGAGAAUUUAAUAAAAAUGAUGCUGACGGUUGAUACUAAGAAACGCAUCACAAUGAAACAGAUCAUACAACACAGAUGGAUGAAAGGUGGAGAUGAUGACCCAGAAUUUGAAGAACAAAUUAAUGAGUACAACCGACCGACGGAUGUGGAUCCCGACCUGGAGAACUUAAACGAACAGAUCAUGUCUCAUAUGGAGUACCUAGAUAUAGAUAUAGAACGGGUAGUUAGGUCUGUUCGUGAACAGUGCUAUGAUUUCCAUAGUGCCAUAUAUCACCUACUGUUAGAUAAACUAAAGAAGCAUCCAAAGACAAUGAUGAACAAACUACCGACCUUGGGUCCUCCGAAUCUGCCCCUCGCCGUACGGACGGAGCGAAGAUCUAGUAUUACUACCGGUGUUGUUGAAAGAGUAGAGAUACCAUUAGAAGUUGAGGUCUCAAAGGAAACAGAGCCAAAGCUACCUGGUGCCACGGCAACUAUUGGUGCUAUCCCACAAGUUCAGUUUUUUAAUGAAAAUAACCAAUUAACAGAGCCUGAUGAAGGCAGUCAGCAUUCCGAUUCCGACAGUGAGGAGCCGUGUCCUGAAGCUUUAGCUCGUUACCUAGCAAUGCGACGACAUACGGUAGGAGUCGGGGACAGUCGCCAUGAGGUGCCAGAAGACGUCCGCGUCAAACUUGCCAACAAUCAGCCAAUCAUUGCCCUUCCUCAGCCAAACUAUCUCCUGCCUCUCAGCCUCUUGCCCCACAUGAAUCUCCCCCACACUAUGCCGGAAGUGCAGAGUGAGGUGCCUAGUUAUCCAACCAAUGAACAGCAUUUACUGCAGCCACCGAUAUUAUGGGGCCCAGAUGUUGGUGGUUGCCUCGGCAACAUGAGCAGACGGGCGUCUGAUGGCGGGGCAAACAUUCAGUUGUUUGCCCGACAAAUGUAUGGAGGGAGUCUGCCAGGUAGUCCAGGAAGUCAGGAGUGUCUAGCAGGGUCACCCUUAUCACCUGUAGGCAUGCCCUUGACACCCAUUCAAGGUUCUGUGACAGUAGAGGAGAACGAGGACGGGGGAUCAGACCAGGAGCCGGAUACAGAGGCCGUACAGAGGUACCUAGCAAGUAGGGGGCGCAACAAGCGACACACGCUGGCCAUGUCAAACCCGAUGCACGAGAUUCCAGAGGAAUUACAACGUAAACUGUCUCUUCAGCCAAUCAGACCUGUCCGUAGAAACCACUUCCCGGGAGGAGGAUCAUUGACUCCAAACUCCUUCCGUGAUGUGAACUCUCUACACCUACCUAACGAGAGAUUUUCACCUGUUCGUCGGGCCAGUGAUGGCCUUCCGAAUCUACACAAACAUCAAUCUCACCUGGAAAAACUGUAUAAUCAGACUCUGAGCACUCGUCACAGUCACUCUAGUUUGAAACAGCUUCACCACGAAUGUCAGGAACUACAGAAACAAGUCUCCAAUAGAGAUCCUGGCAGCGAGGCUGAGUUACAGCAACAACAUACCUUACACCGAUUACAUCACACCCUACAGCCUACAACAACUAUACAGCAUUCACCAGUACCUUCGCCUCCGCUGGCUCCAGCCUCACCAAGUUUUGCCCGCCAUGCUGCCACGACUACAGAUUCUCAAAGUGCAACCCUUUAUCAGCAUCUUCAACGUCUACAUCUUCACCAACAUAUCCAAAACUCACAACAGCCAUACCAACGAGGGUCUCCACCCACCUGCCUCCCGAUGCAACGCACUGAUUCACCACCUCAGAAUUUCUCCCCGCUUUAUCAGAACUACAGUCAGCCUCAUCAACGGAACAGUCCUCCACCAAAUAUCACCAACUUUCAGAAUCUUCAGAUGAUUAAGGAGGACUCGCAGGACCUCCCUGAUCAGAGUCCUACUGAGGAGGGGGAAGUCAGCAUGCAGGUUGGGGAGGCAGAGUUCCCUUCCCAGGAUAAGAAACACAGACAGUUCUCAGGAAAGCCUCAGAUUAGUAUAACCGAUACCUCUGGUCACGUCACAGACGUGACUUCUGAGGGGGAAAAUGAAAUGUCUCCUUCGACAACGGAGGUUGACACCCUUACGAGAACAUCGGCUACAUAUCACACCUUCCAGGACUCUUCAAGUUCACAAAACUCUCCUCAGCCGUCUCCGACACGUUCUCACCGCCCUCUCACUCAUUCUCAUUCCUCGCCAGCCUCGCCUAAUCAUCAAUCUCAUGCUCCGACAAAUUUCACCUCUCACCCUGUGACGUAUAAUUCUCUAAUUUUCGGCAGUUACAUUACAAAUCUGGCCGCCAUUCCUUCCCAAGUUACAGACUUAAGUAACCUUGGUAACCUCAAGGGCUACUCAAUCCCUGAUCCAAGUCAUGCCAACAUUCCCUACACCUGCGGAUGGGUAGGCCCUCAGCUGUCCUCUCAAAAUAGGUCACAGCGACCUAGUUCUGGGCGGAUGGCUGUGGGUCGACAGCCAUCAGUGGUAGGAGUGGGCAUUCCGGAUUCAGUAAAUUACCAGAACGUUGGUGUACCUAAUUCAAAUGUAAGUGUUCCAAUCGAAGCCCAAAGCAACAGAGUUUACAAUGGUGACCGAAAUCUCAUCCAAGACAUUGAUAUGUCGUCUGUGAAACAGGACAACCUAAACACAACUAAUAGUAUAGGACAUGUUGAUUUGUUAAAGUCGCCUGGUCUUAAUAAGAUCCAAGGCUCGAACAUUAAUCUCACAUCCACACGAACAGUCGGAGAUAUAUUACAGGAACUCAAGAGAAUUCUCGGAGAUCGUGGAAAGGAAGUGGUAUACCAGUGUUCGGAUCAUUUGUUCCGACUGGAAAACUCUGACGUUCAGAUGGAGCUAGAGGUGUGCCAGGGAAUUAGUUAUAACGGCCUACAAGUACGAAGGAUUUCCGGUGACAAGGGACACUAUCGAGCUCUCUGCCAGGAACUGCUGUCAGGAAUCAAUCUAUGAUGGCCGCCUGCAUAUCUCAUGAAUAUCUUUGAAGUAAUGUAGUACACAGUGCCAAUGAUCUUAGUAUGGUCCUCCCCAAGUCAUUCUGUGCCCCCAUCAGCUUUCGCAGCAUAAUGAUGGAUUGAAACAAAGGGAAGUAACUCUGGUUGGUCAGACCCAAAGUAUAACAUAGAGAAUAUUCUGGAAUAUGAAACAAAUAAGAUAUUGCCUGUAAGGUAUUUUUGGAUGCUAACAUUGUGGUAUGAAUUCCUAAGUGAAGUUCCAUUGCCUAAAAAAUUAUAUUGUUGGAAUCUUCCAUAGUUUUUUAGUAUCAACAAUGUAUGUAUCUUUCAUAUGCCCUGAUGAGUAUUCCUGCGAUGGGUAGCCAUGGGAUUCUUUUCCUUUGGUUGGUUACCAGGGAAUUCCUCAGGUAUCCCAGGGAUUAAUAUGGGUUACCAUGGGAUAUCCAUGGGCCACUACCCAGGGUAUUUCUGGAAUUGGUUAACAUGGAAUUCCUAAUAUUCAUGGGAUGAGUUACAAUGGAAUUCCUGGUAUUGGUUGCCAUGGGAUACCCAGAGUAUUCAUGAGAUGGGUUACCAUGUUAUUCCUCAGGUAUCCCAUGGGUUACCUUGGUUACUAGAGGACAGCCUGAGUGUUAUUUCUGUAUCAGACUCCUUUAGGUGUUUGUAUCCUGGCACUGUGUACCUGUAACUGUUAAACAUCUGGUUGUGUCAGAUCCUUCCUGUCGUUCAUUCUCAUGGCACAUCGAAAUGUUGAAGUUUCCCUUCUUCACCUCCAACUCAUUUGCAAUUGGUGACAUGGCGUACAUGUGUAUUUGAAGGUGGGGACUGUAUCAAAGGUCGCUAUUGAUAAAAUAUAUAUGAUGUGCUUAUGUUUUUGAUACAGUCCCUUUUGGGAAUACAAAAAUUUUGGUCUGUGAUAAAAAAUGCUUUUGGCUUUACGGUCUGACCCUUGCAUCCUUGUAAAUAGAUGUGAACUGAAUUUUCAGGAGAUUUGAUUAUAAAAUGAAGGAAUAGUCCAUUUUUCAAAACAGUGGAAGAGUGUAUUAUGAAGAAAAUCUAUAAAUGAAUAUUUUCAUUAUUUCUAGUGUCAGGGAUAAAAAUGUGGUUGGGCUAACAUAAAGAUAGAAUAUAUUCUAUAUCUGUGCAAGGACGCAGGGGUUCACGAGUCUAUUGCUAAGAAAAGGUGCGGUUUGCUAUGAACUAAACAUUAAGUUGUACAUAUAUACUGCAUGGUUAUCAUACUGGUUUUUGUAAUGAUGAUUGUAACUUUUUUUGUUAAAUAUUCAUGAUAUUUUUAUUUAAUUAUUCUAUAUAUCGAGUCAAGUUGUUGGUUGUACAGUGAGGUCAGUGGAAUAUAUUGGUGUAGAGUAAAUCUGCAGACACGAUGUCGUGUACUAAGUAUCAUCCCACAGUGCUAUUGUUAUACCCCAGGGGGUCAGGUACAAUAUAUUCCUAACAUCUGUCCAUCCGUUCGUCCGUGUGUGCAUCUGUCCGUCCAUGAAUUCGUUUCUAGGGCUCAUCUUCCUAUCUAUUUUAUAUAUGUUUUUCAUGUAAUAUCUAUAUAUAGGAUUAAAAAAAUUUGUAUUGUUAUAUCACCAAAAAAAUUAUAUUCCACUUACCGAAUUUAAGCUAAUUACCCUGACAAACAUUUAAGAUUAUAGAUAGAUAUAUCAUAGAAAAGUAAUGUUUGGCUGGCCAGAUCACAAAGGAUUUUUCAUGAAGGUUAAGUGUGUCAAAUACAUAAAGUCACUGUGACAUAGAUUUUGACCUUUGACCUUCAUAAAUCACUUAAAAUGGACAAAAAUAGAAGCAGUAAUUUAGUCGUCUUAAAGUCCAUCUUGACCUCUGAGGGAGUGUAGUUUUAUAAUGUUAUGAAAUAUUCAUAGGGGUUGUUUAUGAUUUGUUUCAUACAUGUUAUGAUUUAUAAUAUGUUUAAAGAUGCUAGAUCUCCGACAAAGAGUAAUUAUAUGUUUUGAAAACAAGAAUGGGCAGAAAAAUCAUUAUGGUCCUAAAUUAAUUUUUUUACUAUCAUAGCCUUUUAAUAAGGUUGAUACAUGGUUUUAUUAACCUGGGAAAAAAGUUAUUGACCAUUUAUCGGGAAUCAUAUAUGACACUAUUCAGCCAAUCAGAAAGUGUGAAAAAUAUUAUUUUAUAAUAAUGAGAUGUAUAGAAGAGUGCAAUAACCCAGACAUUUAAUUGAAUAGAGCUCUUGAGUUGUUUCAUCUCUGAAAAAGAUCGCUAACUGAUUGAUUAAAAACAUAAAUAAGCUGUUGUAUAUUUUUAAACAACGCUAAAGUUACCUACGUAUACAUACUAUACACUAUUCUACCACAAUACCCUGUGUUAUUCAACUCUCAGACCAUCAGUUAAUCAUUACAGCUGUUGAUUAACAAUCUGUUUAUACCACACGUGGUAUAAAC